AUGACCGAAGUGCCGGCAACGCUGCUUGCGAUACACGGGACGGUCACGCGUCCGGGGCGGCUGCACCAGGCGAUUGAGGCGGCGCUGUCGGGGGUGGAAGGAGACGGCUCCCUGGCCUCGGACACAUUACAUUUGGGCGAUUACCGGAUUUCGUUCGCCGACGGGCGUCCGCUGUCGGGUUACGACGACGACACCGAGGCGGUGGUGGAGCGGGUUGUGGCCGCCGAUAUGUACCUGAUCGCCACGCCGGUGUUCCGGGCGUCUUUCACGGGGGCACUGAAGAACCUGCUGGACCACGUGCCGGUGGAGGGGCUGCAGGGCAAGGCCUGCGGUCUUAUCGGGAUGGGAGCGACCGACCACCACUACCUCAGCAUCGACGCGCAGUUGCGGCCGGUGCUGGCGUGGUUCGGGGCGCACGUGGUGCCGGGGGUGGUGUACCUGCAGUCGCGUCACUUCCAGGAUGGUCUGCUGGCCGAUCCGCAGGCCGCUGAGGACCUGCAAUCGCUGGCGCGCUCGGUGGUGGCGCUGCACCGCGCCAUCGCCUUCGGGGGGACGGCCGGUCCCGCUCCACUCGCCGCCCGCUGA